UAUAUGUAGUAAAUUUGUUCAGUCAGUUUUUUGCAACUGAGUGAUGUUACUCAAAGUAUUAUUUUGGAAUUUACAGGAAAUGAUGUCAAAAGAUAUGGCUAAAAUAAAUCAAGAUAUGCUAAUUCUAAGGGAUGACCAGACUCCUAAAGUUGGAGCUAGCUUGAGCCAAUCUAAACGAAGGAAGAUUUCAAUUGUUGGCAUUAAACCCAACAUACCUGACCUGAAUGUGAAACCUUGUUAUGAUUCCGAUGAGGAAGAAAAAGGAGAAGUUACAAAUAUAUUUCAGAAUCUUGCAGGUUUAAAAUCUCAUGAUGGAUGCUAUGUUCAUCAUAAGCUUUUGUACGAGCUUGAGGUCGAGAUCUUUGCUCGUCUUCCAUGCUUCGAAUACUGGAAACUGCAGUUUCUUAACAAGAAAUUUUUGCAGUUGUUAAAAAGUGGUGAAAUUUUCAGGGUGAGACAAGAAAAGGGACUUGUAAAACCCUACGUGAUUUUGCAUUCAGGGGCUGGAUCAAAUUGGGAAAUGUUUGAUAAGGAUUUUAAAACCUUUCAGAGACUUCCUAAAGUUCCUUCUUCUGAUUAUUGCUUUUUCCACAGCGAUAAGGAAACAAUAUGUGUGGGUACUCAACUAAUUGUCAUUGGAAGAGAAAUAGAGGGAAUUGUGGUGUUUUGCUACGAGCUAGAGAAUCAUAAGUGGUUCAAAGGUCCUUCAAUGAUCACACCGAGGGUCAUGUACGGUUCUGCUAGCCAUGGAAAAACCGCAUUCUUUGCAGGAGGCAUUCAAAUGGAUGACAAUGGAAACCCUAUUGUUGUGCGAAAUGUGGAAAAGUAUAAUGCUGAUGCAAAAAGUUGGACUAUGAUUAAUGGAAUGCAUAAAGCAAAAAGUUGGACUAUGAUUAAUGGAAUGCAUAAAGCAAGGAAGUUCAGCUCAGGAUGUUUCUUGCGUGGAAAAUUUUAUGUCCUCGGUGGCAGAGAUGAGAAUGAUAAACACCUCACUUGUGGAGAAAGUUAUGAUGAGACCACAAAUUCUUGGGAGUUGAUACCUGACAUGUUGAAAGACAUGACAUUCAUUACGCCUUCCCAAUCUCCGCCUCUUAUAGCUGUGGUUGAUGACAAUCUAUACAUGUUGGAGACAUCUUUGAACGAGCUUCGCGUAUAUGAUAUAAACACAAAUAUUUGGAAGAAACUUGGUGUUGUCCCUGUGAGCACAAACACUACCUUUGGUUGGGGGACUGCGUUUAAAUCGAUGGGAGAUGGACUUCUGGUUGUUGGCUCUUCUCACUCUUGGCAUAGGAAAGGAAUAGUCUACUCAUGCCGUCCUUCUCCAGACGUGGAAGAGCAGCACUGGGAAGAAUUAAAAUAUUGGUGCAGUGGUAAUAAGCUCCCACAGUUUAUUCAUAACUGCUGUGUGAUGUUUGCUUAAAGUUGUUUCCGAGGCAAACUUGUUUUGUAUUUGUGCUUAUAAUAUAAUUUUGUGGCCAUGACGCCCGAAACAUGUAAAAUUGUGGUUUUAUGUUGUUUUUGUUUUCUGAAUUUUUGUUUUGCAUUUGGGAUACAAAUGUUGUUGUUUUUUGUUUAUUUUAAGUGCUUAUGUUUGUGAAAAAACAAAAAUUAAUGUUGUUUAUGUAAUGAUUAUUGAAUUUUAUUGUUUUGUUUUUUCCCUCUUUAGCCAUUAAUGUCACCUAAUCAUGUUCAUUUAAAAUCUCUAUCAUGUUUCAGUUUGUUUUUCCAAAAAUAUAGGUUUACAAAAUUAUAUACCACACUGAAAUCAUAUCUAAUUUUUACUUGCUUGGUUUUGGAUAACUAGAAUUUUCAGGUUAUUUGGUUUUAAACAUAAACAAUGGUUGUAUUUGUUUUAAAUAAAAUUGCCUAUUUCAGUUUACGUGGUUAGAUGAUGAAUUUACUAAAAACAUAGAAUGUACUAAUUUAAUUUUGGUAAAAAAAAUAAUUAUAUUUUAUGUGAACCCAAAUUGUAUUAUUUUACACAGAGGAGUUGCAAAAUAAUGGAGUUAUAAAUAAUUAAAAAUAAGAAAGCAACAGUUAUGACAAAUGUGCUUGAUUUUCUAUAAAUAAUGAUAAGAAAAAUGUUAUUAUUUUUAUAAUUUUAUUCAUCAGUUUGAUAUUAGUGGCUUGAUCCUCGUCACUAGUUACUAGAUAAUCCCAAUUUGAAAAUGCAUGAUCAACGAUUUGAUUUUACUAUUUUUUUUUUCUUUGAAGCCGAUUUAAGGAACAAUUCGAAGCUAUAGGGGCAUCAUAUUUUUCUUCGUAGAAGUGUACAUUAUGAGCUACUUAAAAGGGUAUCGGAGAAGCCGCAAAAUAUCUAUUGCUUUAUGAU